GUGAUAUAGUCACUGCACGGCGAUACGGACAAGGAUUCGACCCCGCAGCCGAGUACGCCUCUCCAUUCUUAGCAAUCGACAAAAUUCUAUUUCAAGGCGUCCUACUAUAUGAUUCCAAAAAUAUAUGAGAUACUGUACAGACAAAUUCGAAACCGCCUUCACUUUCUAGAAUUUAAGUUGUUCGGGGAUAGGUGGCAUAAUGCUUCGUCCCACGUCAACCAGAUCGAUCGAUCUUGUUAAAUCACGAACAGGUUGCGCCACUUGUAGGGUUCGCAAAAUCAAAUGUGAUGAGACGAGGCCGCAAUGCAGGCGCUGUGAAAGUACUGGCCGUAAGUGUCCAGGAUACGGAACCUCCACGCAAAGGGGAGAUAUCCGAAAUUCAUACCCAAUCCUACAACAACCGUCCUAUGGUUUAAAUUACAAUGGGCAGCGGGAGCGUCGCGCGUUUGAGUAUUAUUUUAUAAAUGCUGCUGCGGGAAUCGCAGGGGCCUUGGAUGUCUCGGUUUGGAAGGGCGUUGUCUUGGAAUUAUGCCGGUCAGAACCUCUAGUCUGGGAUGCCGUCAUUGCCCUCAGUGCACUUUACGAACAUCCGGAUCCAUUCAUAGGACCACCCUAUGUUAUGCCGACUACCAAAUCUGUGGCUAGGCAUAAUGAAGCUCUAGCCUGGUACUUCCGCUCAAUGACAAACAUGCGCACUCAAAUCGAGCAGAAAAGGGCUAGUAUAUUUACUGCCCUCGUUACCUGCGUGCUUUACGUCUGCAUUGAAGCCAUUCAAGGACAUACUAUCGAAGCAUUCCAGCUAUACGAGCAAGGCAUGGGGCUAAUUACUGCACUCCCAUCACAAACCACGUCAGCCCAGAUACCUGCUAUUAAAGAUCUUAUCAUUCCACUCUUUUUUCGCUUGGGCGCUUCAGCCAUUGUUUCGGCAAAUUACCCGGUCAAAGACCCUUUUGUUUUUUUGACUUCGCCGCUGGAUUGCCGAUUUCCAACGAUUGACGCUGCGCGGACAGCCAUUUAUUCACUGGCUAUAGAGUCAAUGUCCCUGUUACAGGCAGCGAAGAGUGACUUCCACGUUGCUAUAGUUAGUUCAGAUGGAGUACCAGCUAUAUUUUCCCGCCAACAUGCUCUGCUGUCUAAACUGGAACAGUGGAACCAUGCAUUUGCCGACUUUAAGGAAGGCCACUUAUCUGGAGUUUCGGAUCCGCUACAGCAGUCUUCACUGUCAACACUUCUGACAUUCUACACUGCAUUAUUUAUAAUGGUAUCGACUUGUUUGUCACAGCAAGAAAUAGACUAUGACUCGCAUAUGGGUCAAUUUCAGCUUCUUGUGAAACACGCAACUGAUGCGUGCGCUGCAUAUGAUGACUCACAGUGCCCGCCAUUUACAUUCGAAAUGGGCCCGGGCAUGCCGCUGUAUGUCACGGCUGUAAAAUGCCGAGCACCGGAAUUGCGAAGAAAGGCGCUGGCCUUGCUUAGGCGUGUACCACAGAUCCAAGGGUUCUUUAAAUGCGCGUCCUGGGCGGCACUUGCUGAAAAGGCCAUACAGCUAGAAGAAGGCGAUAUACCAGUUGUGCAGUCAUGGGUUUUGUCAUAUGGCAUGAAUGUGAGGCAUGCUCUGUCAGAGUGUAGGAACCAUAAAACUGCAGGAUACCGUGAAGUCCUGAUUUUUGGGGUGUUUACACAAGAGCACCCUAUUGUACAUGAUGUGGUGGUAGUGGAAACUUGUGUUCCAAAGGUGAAGCCUGUCGGGGGACAAUGGCUGAUUCCUGAAGAAAGGCGCCUCUGUAGUAUUGGCGUCACCACAGCGCUGAAAGGUGAUGCUAUCGAGAGCAUAUUUACUGAUAAUCAUGGCUUUGAGAGAUUACAACUGCGCCAAUCCGCUAAGGAGCACCUUUAUAUACAGUUCAGACGUAAGGAGCAUGACCCCGUGAGUGGAGCAUGGAAGGAGGCCAUAUAUUAUUUACUAACAAAUCAUUCCGAAUUUGACCAAUGAAAGCAACAUACUAUGCUAGUCAAUCGUAGAGAAUCAUAUAAAGAACCGUUC